AUGGAACCUGCACAACGCAACUGCUGCACGUGCUCCCUCAGCACCAUCUUGUCCCUGGGUCUCUCCGCGCUCUUCCUCUGGUUCACUCUCCGCACCUACCCUCCCAAAUGCUCCAUCAAAUCCCUCUCUCUCCUCACCCGAAACGACACCGUCGUCUUUCAACUCUCUCUUCAAAACGAGAACAACGACAAGGGCGUCAAAUACGACGCCGUUCACCUCGCCUUCGCGGUCUUCCUCGACAACACCACCACGCACCCUCUCGCCAACGCCACGCUCCGGCCAUUCUACCAGGGCCACGGAAAAACCACGCGUAAGUGGGGCUCCGCCGUGGCGCCACACGCUGCCCGACUCAACCGCACAGCGGCGGUGAAGAACGGGAGUGUGUUCCUGCGCGUGGAGUUCGCGACCAGGGUGAAGUAUAAGAUGUGGUUGAACUUUUACAUUAAACGGCACCGUUUGGUCGGAGGGGCUAAUGUUGAGGUUAAUGCUAGCUCCGGGGAGAAAGUGGAACCUAAAGCAAUUAGACUCGGAAACGUGCCUCCCAGACUCGCGUCCCGAGCUGUGGAGGUUCGGAAUUGGUAUGUGUCGUUGGUCGGAAUUUUUGUCUCUGGAUUUUUUCUCGUUGCGGCUACUUGUGUUGACCGUUGA